UAACUUUAUAUAUUUUGUGUUAUGUCACACUAAUCAAUAUGCUUUUCUAUUUAAUAGGCAAUGUUGUGAUUGUUAAACCAGCUGAACAAACACCACUUACUGCACUCUAUUGUGCUUCUCUUAUCAAAGAAGUAUUUUUCAUCAUUUAAAUCAUAUUCUCAAUUAUGUUUUUUCAUUGUGUUUUAGGCUGGAUUUCCACCAGGUGUUGUUAAUAUUGUACCAGGUGAUGGACCUAACUGUGGUUAUGAAAUAGCUAUUCAUAAGAAAAUUGAUAAAAUAGCUUUUACAGGCUCGGUUCAAGUAAGAAUAUUAACCCUUU